AUGCAUUAUGAGCCGAACUCAAGUGCAAGUUCUGUGGAAGUCCCUAGACCGAUGAAAAGCCAGACGUGCCUAAGUUCUGAUAGUUUGCUGAAUUUUACUAAAGUGGAUGCCGAUAAGGUGAAUAAUUAUACGCCGUUUGUCCUUGAUGUGGAUAUCGAGAAAGGAAAAGCUGAACUCCCCAAGUGUAAUGAAGACCGUGUUGUCAAUCUGAAAUCUGAUGACUCCUUUGCAAGAGGAUUGCCUCAAGAGUUUUGCUUCCAGAUAAGAGGAAAGAUUAUGCAGCUGCUGAUGAACCAUUUGACUGAGUUACCCAAGUUCAUUUCACGAGGUAAUAAGUUCGACAUACUUACACCUACUAAUAGAUCAAGAAAGUACAGACGAUCAGCCUCGUUCAAUUCAAAAAGAGUGGUUCUCUUGUUCUCAGUCUUGUCUAGCAUGGGAACAAUUAUUCUGAUUUAUCUGACCCUGAGAGUGAGGCAAAUCAGCGAUGCAUAUGGUAAUGUUUGA